CUGGCGGCCGUCGCAACCGGUUGCUUCGGCCGCCCCGGGGAAGGGAGCGGGCCUCCACGUCGCUGGGGCUCGCCGGGCGCUGUCACCCGACCCCGCGCAGAGCCGCUCCGGGGCCCGACCGCUCGGCAGGUCCGUGGCCUUUGCGGUUUCUGUUCUUGAAGUCUGGUUUUGGAUGCCGACAAGGAGGCAGUGGAGGGGCGAACAGUUGUCCUGGGAGCGAGGCCUGCGCCGUGCGGAUCCGAAACGCCUGGACAUGCGUAUGUGGAGCUACAGGACCUUUUAUUCACUGCCAACCACUUUCGUUUGGAUCCUUGGAUGCCCAUUGGACAGACAUUUGAAAUCUGCAAGUCAUCUUCAGAUUGUAGCAGGACCAUCAGGCCUUUCCUUUGUGUGGGGAGGAGAUAGCCUAUGUGCUGUGGAGAUGAACGGGGAACAGCAGCUUGAAGCAGAUGCUGGAUCUGGUAUGGAAGAAGUGGAAUUAAGCUGGGAAGAUUAUCUAGAAGAGACAGGGUCCAUAGCAGUUCCCUAUGGGUCAUUUAAACAUGUGGACAUCCGUUUGCAAAAUGGAUUUGCUCCUGGGAUGAAAUUGGAGGUGGCUGUGAAAACAAAUCCUGAAACCUACUGGGUUGCCACUGUCAUUACCACCUGUGAGCAGUUGCUUCUCCUCCGCUAUGACGGCUAUGGGGAGGAUCGGAGAGCAGACUUCUGGUGUGACAUCAGAAAAGCUAAUCUCUACCCCAUUGGGUGGUGUGAGCAGAAUAAGAAGACCCUUGAAGCCCCAGAAGGUAUCAGAGAUAAAGUGUCUGAUUGGGAUGCAUUUCUGCGGCAGGCCCUGACCGGAGCAUGUAGUCCUCCUGUUCCACUGCUAGAGGGCCUCCGCCAUGGAAGGAAUCCUUUAGAUCUCAUUGCUCCAGGAUCUAGGCUGGAAUGCCAAGAUUUUUGGGACUCUCUAAGUAUUUGGAUUGUUACUGUAGUAGAAAACAUCGGGGGACGGCUGAAACUGCGUUACGAAGGACUUGAAACUUCUGAUAAUUUUGAGCAUUGGUUGUAUUACUUGGAUCCAUUUCUUCAUCAUGUUGGUUGGGCUGCUCAACAAGGAUAUGAACUGCAGCCCCCAUUAGCCAUCAGACAUUUGAAAAAUGAAGCUGAGUGGCAGGAGAUUUUGGCCAAAGUCAAAGAGGAGGAAGAAGAACCGUUGCCAUCCUAUUUAUUUAAGGACAAACAGGUUAUUGGCAUUCAUGCAUUCUCUGUAAAUAUGAAGUUGGAAGCUGUGUACCCAUGGUCACCUUUUGAGAUCUCUCCUGCUACGGUCAUUAAGGUUUUUGAUGAGAAGUACUUUCUGGUGGAGAUGGACGAUUUGCGACCAGAGGGCCAUGCACGGCGAUCAUUUGUAUGCCAUGUUAACAGUCCCGGCAUUUUCCCUGUGCAGUGGAGUCUAAAGAAUGGUGUAAACAUUAGUCCACCUCCAGGAUACCCAAGCCAGGACUUCGACUGGGCUGACUACCUCAAGCAGUGUGGUGCUGAAGCUGCUCCCCAGCGGUGCUUCCCUCUGUCAGUUUCUGAGCAUGAGUUUAAGGAGAACAUGAAACUCGAGGCGGUGAACCCUCUUCUCCCAGAAGAAGUGUGCAUUGCCACCAUUAUUGCAGUCAGAGGCUCCUACUUGUGGCUCCAGCUAGAGGGAUCUAAGAAGCCUGUGCCCGAAUGUAUUGUGAGUGUGGAAUCCAUGGAUAUAUUUCCUUUGGGCUGGUGUGAGACCAAUGGCCAUCCCCUCAGCACUCCUCGCCGGGCACGAGUACAUAAACAAAGGAAAAUUGCAGUGGUUCAACCAGAAAAACAAAUACCAUCUUCUAGGACUGCUCACGAGGGCCUAAAGAGUCAGGAGCUGAACUCUACGGACUCAGUUAUAAUUAAUGGAAAAUAUUGCUGUCCAAAGAUAUAUUUCAACCACCGUUGCUUCUCAGGGCCAUAUCUUAACAAAGGAAGAAUUGCUGAGCUCCCUCAAUGCGUAGGACCUGGGAACUGUGUUCUUGUCCUCAGAGAGGUCCUCACUUUACUUAUCAAUGCGGCCUAUAAGCCCAGUCGUGUUCUUCGGGAGCUCCAGCUGGACAAAGACUCUGUGUGGCACGGCUGUGGGGAAGUACUGAAAGCCAAAUACAAAGGAAAGAGUUAUCGGGCUACUGUUGAAAUAGUGAAAACAGCAGAUCGGGUGACUGAAUUCUGCCGGCAAACUUGUAUCAAAUUGGAAUGCUGUCCAAACCUCUUUGGUCCACGGAUGGUUCUGGAUACAUGUUCUGAGAACUGCUCUGUACUUACAAAGACCAAAUACAAUACUAGAGAGGAUUUGGAAUAUUCCCAACAAAAAAGAAAUGCACACUAUUAUGGAAAGAAGAAAAAUAAGAGAAUUGGGAGGCCACCUGGUGGGCAUAGUAACUUAGCUUGUGCCCUGAAAAAAGCCAGUAAGAGAAGAAAGAGGCGGAAAAAUGUUUUUGUUCAUAAGAAGAAACGCUCCUCUGCAUCUGUUGACAAUACCCCAGUGGGCUCACCCCAGGGAAGUGGGGCUGAAGAUGAAGAUGACGUAGAUGAAGGGGAUGAUGAUUCCCUAAGUGAAGGCAGUACAUCUGAGCAGCAGGAUGAGUUACAGGAAGAGUCAGAAAUGUCAGAGAAAAAGUCAUGCUCCUCCUCACCUACCCAAAGUGAGAUGUCCACCUCGCUGCUCCCAGACAGACAAAGGAGAAAAAGAGAGCUUCGUACCUUGUCAUUUUCUGAUGAUGAAAAUAAACCUCCUUCACCAAAGGAAAUAAGGAUUGAAGUUGCUGAAAGACUUCAUCUGGAUAGUAACCCCCUGAAGUGGAGUGUGGCAGAUGUUGUACGGUUCAUCAGAUCUACCGACUGUGCUCCAUUAGCAAGAAUAUUCCUAGACCAGGAAAUCGAUGGUCAGGCCCUGUUGCUCCUCACCCUUCCCACCGUUCAAGAGUGCAUGGACUUAAAAUUGGGCCCUGCCAUCAAGCUUUGCCAUCACAUAGAAAGGAUCAAAUUCGCUUUUUAUGAGCAGUUUGCCAACUAAGACGGACAACCAAAGUGAGCUGGACCUUUGAAGCACAAAUGCAGCAAAUCCCUCACCCUGUUCUAUAAGUGGAGCUGAACAGUCCUGGGGCUCUGGACCCUGCAGGUGUCGGCUUGCUCUCUUUGCACUUUCAGGGAAGGAGGACCCACACUGAGGAAGCAAAAAUGGCACAAAAGUGGCUCUCCUGCCAGUGGAAAUGUGGACAUCUCAUAUUCAGCAGAUUGCAGUUUUUAAAAAAUAAAGGCUGUGAAGAAAAAAGUCAAAAGAAGAGUAAGCAUUUCCAGUGGUGUGGACUGAAAACAAAGAAUAAUCUAGGUGACUGGAUAGCACCUUUUUAAUUUUCUUUUCAUCCUGUUUCUUCCCACUGUAGACUGAACUUCGUUCUCUGCUUUCUUUUCUUUCUUUUUUUUUUUUUUUUUUUAAAAGAGAGGACAUAGCUUUAAUAGCUUUAAUUCAGCACUGGUUUGCAACGGUGCCUAAGGCACAUCAGUGCUUCAUUGUCAUUGUGUUUUUAAAAGUUUUAAAAUUAAAACAGUUCAUUCUUGGGAUAAUUAUGUGGCUCCAAGGUUUUGAAUGUAUAGUCAUACUUUGACCCAUUUUAAAAUGUGUUCUUAAGAGUUCCUUUGUUUACUACCUCUGUUGAUAAUUGAGCAUACGGCCAUGAAUGAGGUUUUUGUAUGAUGCCAUUUUUAAGCUAGUGAACACUAAAACUAUGAUAGAAGUUGGAGGGGAGAAAAACACUGUUUAAAGAACAUUAUGUAGGCACUUAAACCAGUUCCUCAACAGACCUGACCUAAGAACUCUACUGUCAUUGUUCUCCAUUGACCCUGCUCCAGCUACCUGUGUUAAGUAGCCUCACGAAGAUUGUUGUAAUUCAGUUUGAUUACUCUGUCCUUAUUAGUUCUCAGAGGACUUGCAUAGCUUUUAUUUCGUGUUUGCUUUUCUCUAGAGUUGUCUACCUCUGUUUCAUUUUUGGAGUCCUUACUUCUUGGUGAAAAUCAGUAGGUAUUCCUUUGACCCAAUGUAAAGGAAGGCCAUUUCUCUGUAAUCCCAGCACUCAGGAGGCUGAAGCAGGAGGAUUGCCAUGGAUUUGUGGCCAUCCUGGGCUGCAUAGCUAGACCCUGUUUUGAAAGAAAAAAAAGAAAAAAGAAAAGAGCGAAAGAGCCCUCCUGCCCACCCAUUUCUCCUGCUUUUUAGAUGAGCAGCAGAGAGUAUGCCAAAAUAACAUCUGUGUUACCCUGGGGAGGUAACACAGCAUGGAGGUUCUGCAGCAGUUUCCUCAGUAGCAGGGUAAGAUUGGGAAGUGGUUCGUGAGUCUGGAAACCCCUUUGCUGAGCCACCUUUAUGCUUUUCUUCAGUUAACCCUUUAAAUUGAACGCAGUCUGUAGAUGGAAGUCCCGUUUGAUAACUCAGUGUCCUUUUUGGUGUUUCUUUUAACUCAGCUUGAAUUGACAUGAAACUAAGGCAGAUUUUUACUUUUUAUGAUUUUAUUGCCAGAUAUUAGAAAAUAAUAGCACUUGUUACUGUUCUAGGCAAGAAUGAGGAAAGAUAUACACAAAUUGCCCCUUUAUAUGGUUUAUUUAUUUAUUUUUGCAUUAUUCUAGUCACUGGCAAGUUUAUAACCUGGUCAUUUAAGAACUGAAAAUGUUUCAAAACUGCAAACUGGGUAAAUUCCAAGCUAUACAGAUAUAAGGUAAUGCUAUUACAAAUUUAAACUGAUGUGAUUCUUUUCCUUUUCCUUCCUUAAACCCCACUUGUUUUUAUGCACAUUGGCAAAUCCAUAGUCUGGACACUUUCUUCAUUGGAUAAUUCAUAAACCACUUUGACUCAAGCCCUCCAACCAAAUCAUAAGGCAUUAACUCUGCCGAGGUUAAUACCAGGUAUCUUUGGAAAGAAGCUUUAUUUGAGUAAAAGUUAGCCUAUUUGAACAUACUCAGAGAUCCAGUUUUAAAAAUUUAAUUUUAUGUCUGUGGAAGAAAAACAUACACAUGAUACUAGGGAACAGUCAGCAUCAAGCAGGUAGACUGGAGAUGGUGGUGUCUUGUUUAAUAAAGUUUCCUGAGAGCUUAGCAGUCAAGGCACGGGGCAAAGGAGGGUCCCCUGAGGAAGAGCAAUGGCACACAAAACUUCUGGAAUUAAUGUUUAGGGUCUUACAUUGCUGUCUGGUUUAGGAAAAUGAAACAUAAGAGGUAAUUUACCGAAUGUGAUAGUAUUGAAUGUUAUUUUGUCUCUCUUCUUGACUUCUUCAGAAACCAGCAUUUAGAACCGCUCCCUUCACAGAUGAGGGGCUGGAGCCCCUGAUAGUUGAAGUACAUGGUCUCUAACCUGGGUGGGGUUGGAGCAUAACAGGGGGUCUGUCUCUGCCGUGAUUAUUCAAGCCCUUCUAGAGAAAGGCUGGCUUUAAGUUGGACAUGUGAGUGGGGUUUCCCUUAAUAUUUCUUGCAUUCAUCUGCUGGGAUACAGUUUAUUGGACAGUUGUAUUAAAGAAAAACUGUAUUCCCCCAGCCCUUCUUCCAGCUAUUGCAUACUAGAGGAUAACUGUUCGGGAAUUUGCCACAGGGCAUUUUUUUUCAAGUACAAAUUUCCAAUACCAUUUACCUCAUAGAGCUGCUGGGACUAGGAACAGUGACAGUCUAUUUACUGUGAUGCAAAAAGGAUUUUAAACCGAUAAUAGCUUACUGUGUUGGAGUAAAAUGCUUCUAUGUUACACACGUAUAUAUAUGAACUUCAUUUCUAGAGACCAACUCUUAAAUUUAUGAGAGGUACAUUGUAAGGAUCUACAUUUAUCUGGCUUUUACCUGUAAUUGGCCUCACAGCCAAUCAGGUUUUUCAUGAUCCAUUUUUACCCUGGAUUAACAGGCUUCGAACCAAGUAUAAUGGACUACAGUCCAUCUCCUUGACUAGAAAAGUUAGACAGCCAAUAGACCUUUACCACUAUGUUAGCCCACAAGGGAGACCUUUUCCUGUACACGGAGAUUUGCUCUGGGACUUUUACUAUAGUUCGUGGGCUUCUGGGGACCAUGCUGUUUUCUUUUGUGAACAUCUUCAUCCUUCUCAUUUGAGCAGAAUUUGAAGUGACUAAGGCAAGGAAUGCAGUAAGGGGGACUUUUAACCCCAUCUUUAGAUUUUCUUUAGCAACCUAGAUGGCUACUGGGACCUACAAAAUAGACCCUUAAGUCAGGGAAGGAUAAUUACCAAACACUGGAAAUAAUGAUACUCGUAAAUAUUUAUUGAAUUAUAAUAGAGGAACAUAUAGAAAACAAGUCCAGAAUUUGGCCUUUGUAUGCCUUCUCUCUUGGAAGUUAAAUUAUUCUGUGAGAGAAAGGGCAUUGGACCAAAGUUUUCUGAGGACUUAAAUACAUUUUACUUGCUCUGUAGUCUAAAUUCAGUCACUAAUGUAGUUACCUGAAUACAAUUUAAAAGCUCUAGGAGGCCCUAGGGAAGGAUUCAGAACUAUUCCUCUUUUUCAAGCCAACAACUCUGUUUUCAGGGGACACAUAGAAAAUCAGGUAAUCUAGAUGGAGACAUUGUGAAAACUGUCACUGGCACUUAAUUUACUUGGCAUCUGUCACCAAAGACUUACUUGCUGGCUUGAUAUAUUCCCAUAGAACCUCUGAAAGAGUUGUUAGCCUCAACAGUGGAGACAAACUUCGAAUUUUAACUCUGAUCCCCUGUAUUGGAGAUGUUCUGUGUGUAUGCAUGCACACAAUUUCAGAAGUGUUCUGUGUUAGUUAGCAGUAGGAAAUAUAUUGGUCUUAUCAUGAAGGAGGCAUCAUUAACAGAUACGAAGUAUAAAUCUUGGUACAGACCAGUUACUCCCUUUUUAAAUUUGAAUGUCUUUGGUCCUGGGUCUACUAUAAGUAACCAUGUGUCACAGGUAUGCUGCUGGCUCAGAAACUGUUAGAGAACCUCCUACAAAACUAAAAUGUCACUUUCCUGUUGUUAUAAUUCCUCCUUGACUUUAUUCACUGUAAAUGUUUUACUAGUGAAUUUUGAUGAUUCCUUUGUAUGAGAAUGUGUAUACUUUGGAAAUUUGAAUUUAUCUAAACAAGCUACCUAUGGACUUGGGAGUUUCGGUGUAAGAGUUUUAAAUUCAAAGCUGAGUUCAAAUUGAUCUGGUUUCAAGCCCACUUACUUGAGAUGGUUUCCUUGGUACUUGUCCCAGACCACACUGGGGCCUUGUUUCUAGAGGCACCCUUUUAGGGGUGAGGUGUCGAAGGUAGUGGGCAUUACAGUGCAGUGCAGGUUCAUUUUCCUGGAUAUGGUGUUUAAAAAGUCAGACGUUCACAGGAUCUAGCAAAACCAGGAGUGAAGAGUUGAGGGUAUAGAAAAAUAGACCUAACGCUCUCCCCUUAUGCUGACUGGUCUGUCCUGGUGCUAUGGCCUAUCACAAAGGACUGUAGGGAAAGGGAAACACGCAAGCCAGAGCCUUGCUUGGCAUGUCUCUACACCAGCAGUAAAGUGCAGACCUGAGCCCUAGGAGGCAAAAGAUGAUGACCAGUGAAAUGGUGCCACCAUUGCUCAUGGAGAUUGGCAUGCCUGUUCACAAGAUGUGUGGAAAUUCAGGUCUAAGCGUUUCUUUACAUGGCUUGUUCAGUUAACCGCAAGCCUAGCCUGGCAGAAUGGAGGCAGUCAAAUAGUAUUGAAAGGAAGAGGGUAGGCUUUUGGGCAAAUCAAGUCACAAAACAUAUGACUGAGGGAGUCCAUAAAGCUUAGGCAAAGUUAAAGCUGGAUAGUUCUUAGCUCCUUUUGCACGGAUCUCUGAGGAAGGUAGUUUGAAUGUUUCUUUUGAGAUUUUAAGUGCUGAUUUAUUUUCCUUUCCCUUCCUUUUUUGGUUGAAUAUUCUCUAAAGACAAUCAGAGGCCUGCCAGGGAAGGACUCCUGGCUGGUUCCAGCACUGUCCUUAGGCCUCUUUCUAGUAGUAACUUGUUGGAACUGAUGCACUUUGUUUAAUGUAUUUUACCUUUUUUUUUUUUUUUUUUAAGCUGCUUGUUUGGAACUAAAUGAAAUGCUUAUUACAUUGUAUCUUUCCUGCUUGCUGUUUUUUCUCUUAAUUUCAAAGUUAUGCAUUGAAAAUAAACUACCCUUAAGCAGAAAUAUGCGCACGAAUACCUAUUAAAGUAACUCCCAUCAUUUGAUGGUAUAACAUCAAAGGAUUAAAAACAAAACACACUGAAACUAUUUUGGAUGAAUAUCUGUGUGUUUUAUUUUUCAUAAAUAACUGUGUAAACUUGUAGUGUAAUAUGACAUUUAAGAGAACUUCAUUUUGCAGAUUUGACAGUAAGGAGGGCAUUUUUGCCAGAAUAUAUUCUUCAAAACUCCAGGGGAGCCUCAGAGAAUCAUUUCUGAAUGGAUGAGAAAAUUCCCUUCUACUUUAACAAAAUUACAGAAUUUUUUCCCCCUGCUCUCUCAUCCUUUCCCCUCUGGAUUUAGAUGCUUUUUCAUUUCAGCUCAGGAAAGGAAGGAACAGCAGAAUCCUCCACAGUGACCUUGCUCCUGACACUGGGGAUUCUGCCCUUGAACUCUAAAAUGAUUCUUGUUCUCUCUGGGCCUUAAGGAUUCCUCCAAUCUGGAUGUCCAAACAGGGCUUUGUCCAGAACUUCAUUUUUCAGCCCACCAUGCAAUUUUCCUUGAGCUGUCUGUGUCUUUAAGCAACUCAGAUCUCCUUAUUCCCAGUCACAGUCUCCUCUGCUUUAAGACAUGUUCUCUAGUUUGGUUCUCUCUGAAUAAGUACUGUUAACUGUUGAGCAUCCUCGUGAGAUCUCUCUUGGUCUUGAAAAUAAUAAUCUAAUUUAAUCUUCUCUUAUCCAUUUAUUUUCUUAAACUGCUUUUCUGUAUUUGCCAAUGGUCAAUAUUUGUGGAGAGUUUUAAAAUUUAUAAAUUAAACUUCAACUUAAUUUAAAAA